AUGAGGGCUGCAUUCCUGGUGCUGCUCCUCUGGGCUGUAACCUGCGCUCACCCUGUGCCCAGCCACAAGCCUGCCCGCCCUCGCCGCAGCACGCAGCAGGAGGACACAGCAGCUGAAGAUUACAUCAACAAGCUGGGAAACCUCCUGGGUGGUGGAGAUGUGGAGAGGGCGGACAAUGCUCUUGCUGGGGACCCAGAGGGUGGGAACACCGUGGGUGAGGAGCUGGGAGAGCGUGGUGGCCGAGACAAGGGAGACAGGGCUGGGGAGGCUCAGCUCCUGAACCAAGUGGACCACAAGGAUACAAGUGCUUGGCAUGAGAAUGGCUUCAGUUUCCUGGAGGAGGAUGCACGUGAUGCUGAUGAUGGUGACAACAGAGAGUACCAUGGCACCGGAGUCCAUGGACUUCCCUCCCAUGCCAAUGGGCUCCUGGAUGAGGAGGACGACAGUGGCGAUGACACCUUUGAUGAGAACAGGGGAGAAGAGGGGGGCAAAGGUCCUACUUAUGUGGCUGGUGCUGAUGGGGCAGGUGAACAUGGCCAUGAUGCUGGGGCUGGUGGAGGGCACGGUGACAGCAGCAGCAGUAGCAGCAGUGAGAGCAUUGGGGCAGACCACCAGCAGUACAGGAACUACCUCAGCAGCCCCUAUGAGCGGACCUACAGGUGGGGAGGGGGCAGCAGCAGCAGCCAGGAGGACGAGGAGAGCUAUGACUUCAAGGAUGAAGCCAUGCAGGGUGAUGACCCCUCUGUCUUUGAUGGCUUGGGCAGCAGCUACAAGAGGCACCAUGUGGGCACCCGCACCCCAGAGAACAGCCGAGAGAGCAUCCAGGGGACUGGCUCCCACAGUUGGGAGCAGGAUGACAGCAGUUCCCCAGAGGUGGAGGACACUGACUCAGGAGAAGACAGCCCAUCCACGGAAGAAAACAGCCAGUCAGAAGAGCCUCUCACCAGCCAGCUGGAGGAAAAAAGUGCCAGCCAUUCCGAGGAGGAUGGGGAUGGGGAGGACAGCCCCUCCACAGAGGUUGAGGGCAGCAAGUCCAGGGAGGACACCGCCAAUCAGUCGGAUGAAGAACCAAGUGAGUCCCCAGAGGACAUUUCCCAGGAGGUGGUAAGCACAUCAAGCGAGCACAGCAGGAGCAGGUCCUGGGAAGGGCAGGGGGACCAGGAGUCUGCUAAGGACAGGAGUGCACAAUCCAUGCCUGACAGUGAGUCUGGGAUAGAUGAGGAUGGCAAGAGCAAGUCCCCAGAGGACACAGUAGAGGAAUCAGAAGAGAAUGAGAAUGACUCCAACCCUGAUGGAGAUGUGCCGAGCACAUCAGAGGAGAGCCAGAGUGCAUCCUCAGAGGAUGAUGGCAGCCAAGAGGACAGCACAGGUGAGGACAGCAGGUCCCCAGAGAGCAAAACCAGCGAAAUGCAGGAGGACGAUGAGGAUGGGGAGAGCCAUUCCCAGGAGGAUGCCACCCGUGAGUCCAGCAGCCGUGGGGAUGACAGCUCCCUGCAGAGCCUGGAGAGUGGGAUGCACAAACGGCGGCCAGGAGCCUACCGCAACAAGCCAGCUGCUGACUAUGAUGACAAUGACUGCCAGGAUGGGUACUGA